AUGGCUGACGCGCCAAAUGCGAACGAUGAGCUGUACCCUAUCGCCGUGCUCAUAGAUGAAUUAAAGCACGAUGACGUUCUGCUCCGAUUGAACGCUAUCCAUCGUCUAUCAACAAUCGCGCUCGCUUUAGGUCCCGAGCGCACUCGUGACGAACUCAUUCCUUUUCUAGAUGAGUCGGUCGAAGACGAAGAUGAAGUUCUCGUAGCCCUAAGCGAGGAGCUAGGCAGCUUCAUCGAAUACGUAGGCGGGCCCCAAUACGGCCACGUCCUCCUCUCCCCCCUCGAGAACCUCGCAGCUAUCGAAGAGCCCGUCGUCCGGGAUAAGGCCGUCGAGUCCCUCAACAAGAUCUGCAGCGAGCUAUCACCCCAACAGGUCGAAGAGUACUUCAUCCCUCUUACUAUCCGACUAUCUAAGGCAGACUGGUUUACCUCUAAGGAACAGCUUCGCCAACAGUUUGGCAACCUAGUACAUGAUGAGACCCCCAUGGUGCGAAGACAGUCCGCCACCAACAUGGCCAAGUUCGUAAAAGAAAUGCCCGCGGCUAUUGUUGUGGAGGAGAUGAUACCCCUUUUCCAGCACCUCGCGCAGGAUGACCAAGACAGCGUGCGAUUAUUGACAGUAGAGAUUCUGGUUUCUAUCGCCGAGGUUGUGCCCAAGGAACAGCAGGGUAGCCAUGGCGUUUUGCUCACGUCGUUACGACAUUUGAUAGAGGACAAGAGCUGGAGGGUUCGAUACAUGAUUGCUGAUAGAUUUGAAAAGAUCGCGAAAGCUGUAGACGAAGAGGUGGUCACUCGAGACCUUGUACCCUCGUUUGUCAAGCUACUGAAGGAUAACGAGGCCGAAGUGAGGACUGCCAUCGCCGGCCAGAUCCCCGGCUUCUGCACUCUGGUCGAUAGAACUACGCUACUUAACGAUAUCAUGAGCUCCAUCGAAGACCUAGUCUCCACAUCACAGCACGUCCGUGCCGCUCUAGGCACGCAAAUCAGCGGUCUAGCCCCGAUUUUGGGGCAAACAAGAAUGUUGAAGGACGAAUUUCCCGAAGUUCGUUUACAUAUCAUCUCGAAACUCGAACUCGUCAACCAAGUCAUCGGUUAUCGACCUACUCUCCCAGUCUCUCUGCCUGCGAUCGUGCAGCUCGCGGAAGAUAAGCAAUGGAGAGUACGACUUGCUAUCAUCGAGUAUAUCCCGCUCCUUGCCAGUCAGCUCGGUGGGAGUCUUCCGAUCCGAUCCGAAGGCUGCGACUCACAACCUCAAGAAGCUCACCGAAGUGUUUGGAGUCGAAUGGGCCAGCGAAGCUAUCAUCCCGAGGUGAUGGCUAUGGGCUCUCAUCCUAAUUACCUAUACCGGAUGACGACUUGCUUCGCUAUCUCGACUCUCGCGACUGUUGUCAGUUUGGACGUGAUUGGAAAGUCGAUUUUGCCUAUGCUGGAAAAGCUUGUGGAGGACGAGAUUCCUAAUAUACGCUUCAACGUGGCGAAGACGUACGCCGUGCUCAUCGACGUCUUAAAACGACUCCCCGAAGAGGGUACCGUCUACAGUCUGGAGAAGGCCGGAACGACAACGACCACGCCGUCUCCUCGGGCAACCGAGCUCAUCCAGCAGCGCAUCCUGCCGAGCCUGGAGAAGCUGCAGAAGGACGACGACGUGGAUGUACGCUACUUCGCGACGACCGCUGUAGCAGGAAUUCCCGGAAUGGGUGGGGAGCCUAUGAACACAUCGCCAUAG